CUCGUGCUGCAAGUCUUGGUACUGAGUCACGGCGUUUGUUUCCCGCCAGAAGGAGCCAAGUCUCUCUCGUUAUAUGGGUGCACUGGUUCCACUCUUUCUUUCCCGUGGCAGGUCUCUCUACCAGGACACGCACGCAGGUUUGAAAAAGACACUUAUUUCUUUUCUUUUUUUCUUAGCGGGAAUCGAAUUCUGCAUUAGACAUCGGAGAGACGAAGGAUGCGCGAGUGCACACUUGGGUGUGUAACGAUCAUCUUCCCUGGACGCCAGGAACGGCGACCCCAUGGCCGGGGAGAGGACGACUUCAGAGCUGUGCGAAGAGUCCGGGCUCUGGACCCCUCUGGCCGCCCCGGAGUGCGGCGGCAGCGUGUCCCAGGGCACCUCUUCCACCACGCACCUACUGGGCGCGGUUCGUCGCUGGAAUGGAGACAGGCAACACGCGGCAGUGGUCCUGGGGCUUACCAGCGAGAGCCGGCGUUUCCCGACCAUGGCCGGCAUGGGGGUUUCGUUCGGGGACAUCCGCAGCUGCUGGCUGUCAACCGGGGUCGACCGUUGGAAACCAUGUUUGUUGAUCCCUCGAGAAGUUUCACGAUCGGGUACGAUGGAAGACGGCAAUUCGGGGUUUAGCCGGUGAAGAAAUCAAAACAACAUGGAAAGUCCGAGUUCCCAGAAGAACGGCCAUCAUGCAUGAUGCGAGUAACAGCUCUCCCGAAUACUGUUUUCUAC